UGGACGGGGCUGACGUCAUAUGAGGGCGCCGGUGGUUCCGAAAGCGACCGAGACUACACGUGAGCCAUGGAUACGCCGCUGAGGCGCAGCCGGCGGCUGGAAGGCCUCAAACCUCUGUCCCAAGAGACCCUUCCUGAGCACGCGGUUUCUCGGGUGAAGCGGGCCCUUGUAGAUUUCGAGUCGAACCCAGAAGAAACAAGCGAGCCCACGUCGCCGAGAGUGCCGCCACUGGGCCUUGCAUCUCCCAUACCUCAACCGGAGACAAACCCCGAAUCACCCUGUCUGAGACAGGAUGCAGGCUUUGGGUCCCCCCAAGAGCAGCCAGAGCCUGACCCUGGGUCCCUCCAACCUCAUCAAGAUCUGGGCCUGGAGUCACAUGCAGGACUCCAGACAGAAUCGAGUUCGGAAUCCCCGCAACGAGAGGAGUCAUCCAAAUUCUCUUCCACACAGGGAGAACUGGACUCAGAGGUGGCCCACGCUAAGGAGGAGGUGAUCCCAGGAUCCCCAGAGCCUUGCCCGGGCCAGCAAGCACCGGGUCCCGAGCCCUCUCAGCCACCAGAGGAGCUGACAUCCCAGGCACCUAGCUCCCCAAAGCGGCAGCAGGAGCCAGCCAAGCCACCCCCGGCUGGCGAGACGGUGCCAGGAGGCCUCGACAUAAAGAAGCGAGUUACGUCUUCUCCCCAGGCCCCUGCGCCCAAGAAAUUGAAGAAGGAGGAGCUCCCUGUAAUCCCGAAGGGGAAGCCCAAAUCCGGGCGUGUGUGGAAAGACCGCUCAAAGAAGAGGUUCUCCCAGAUGGUUCAGGACAAGCCCCUGCGUACUUCCUGGCAGCGAAAGAUGAAGGAGCGACAAGAGAGGAAGCUGGCUAAGGAGUUCGCCCGGCACCUGGAGGAGGAGAAGCAGAGGCGGCGGCAGGAGAAGAAAGAACGCCGGGCUGAGAACCUGAGGCGCCGCCUAGAGAAUGAACGCAAGGCUGAAAUUGUCCAAGUGAUCCGAAACCCCGCGAAGCUCAAGAAGGCAAAGAAGAAGCAGCUGCGCUCCAUUGAGAAGAGAGACACCCUGGCCUUGCUUCAGAAGCAGCCGCCCCAGAGGCCUGUAGCCAAGGUCUGAGCUCAGGACAGCUUGGAGGUCUCCAUAAGCCAAGAGCCACAGCAAACAGGGCACCUCUCAGGCCACUGUCAGACGCCUCUACUGGGACUAGCGUACCAACUGUGUCACAUUAAGACAGGAACUUCCAGGCCAGAGGGAACCCAAGACCUCUUAGGGACUCAGGAGAUUUAACUGUCCCCAUCUCCUUUCUAAAGUGCCUUAAGAUCUUGAAUUAAUAGAUUCAAGACCAGUUUGGUCUACAGAGCAAGUUCCAGGACAACCAAGGCUAUACACACAAAAAAAAGGAACUGCUGACCUGGGUGGUGGUGCACGCCUUUAAUCCCAGUGCUCAGGAGGCACAGGCAGGCAGAUCUCAUGAGUUUGAGGCCAGCCUGUCUACAGAGCAAGUUCUAAGACAGUCAGGGCUACCCAAAGAAAUCCUGUCUCAAAAAACAAUGUAAAAAGCAAAACAACAAAAAAGAUUUUGAACUAUGAGUUCUUGA